AUGGCCAUUGAUUCGUCAUCGUCCAGUACUUCACUUGCUCCUGGGUUUCGGUUCCACCCGACCGAUGAAGAGCUGGUGCGUUACUACCUCAGGCGCAAGAUCUGUGGAAAACCCUUCCGCUUCGACGCCAUCUCCGAAAUUGACAUCUACAAGGCCGAAGCUUGGGACCUACCAGGUAAGUCAAGGCUGAAGACUAGAGACUUGGAGUGGUACUUCUUCAGUAUGCUUGAUAAGAAGUACGGAAAUGGAUCAAAAACAAACCGUGCAACUGGACGAGGGUAUUGGAAGACAACGGGGAAGGACCGAGCUGUCUACCAUAGGUCACAGAUUGUGGGGAUGAAGAAAACUUUGGUUUAUCAUAUUGGUCGGGCUCCACGGGGUGAGAGGACUAACUGGGUCAUGCAUGAGUACAGGCUUAUUGAUGAGGAGUUGGCGAAAGCUGGAAUUGUUCAGGAUUCAUUCGUGCUGUGCCGAGUAUUUCAGAAGAGUGGUUCUGGUCCAAAGAAUGGGGAGAAAUAUGGGGCGCCAUUUGUUGAGGAGGAAUGGGAGAAUGAUGAGUUGGAAACGAUCCCCAAGGAGGAAGCUGCAGAGGGAGUGGUAGUUGGUGAUGAUGACUAUUUGGAUGGAAUUGACCUUGAGCAGCUUGGAAUCUGCAAUAUUAUCUGGAUGGUUUGUAUCUAUAAUAUUAUUCAAGUAGAGCUGCAAAGGGAAUUCCUGAUUGUUCCGCCGAUCUUUUUACUUCAUCAUCACACUCCUCCUUACUUCACCACUUCAACUCAAGAUAUGUUUGUUUAUUAUCUUCUGAGGAAAGCUGCUUCUGACCAGAUUCUUGGGACAAGCCCUCCAUCAGAAGAUGCUCCACUUCCUUCGAACUUGUAUAUGGGGGACAACAGCAGCUAUGCUGAGGAAUCAACGGACUUUGUUGAUAAUGCUCAAAGGUUCUUGGUGGGUGUGGGUCAAAACCAUUGCAGUUCAGAACAGCCUGAUGACCAGAAGUUAUUUGAUUUGCCAGUGCAAUAUGAUGUCGAUUCAAAACCCGUCAAACAUGAAUACAUUGGUGAAUCAAGCAAGACCGUGAAUCCCGUGGAUGAAGAUUACUUACUUGACGAACCAUUCUUGAAUGCUAGUAAUGUCCCUCAAUUUGAUGAUGGAGCAUAUCUGGAAGCUAAUGACCUCUCUAACCCCAUUGAGGCAGAUGCCUAUCCUUAUGACAUGUUUGAAGAGUACCUUAACUAUUUUGAUGCAGUUGGUGACAACAUGCAGUGCAUGGGUUUUAACUCUUCAAAUAUGAUGGAAAGUGAUCUUAUUUCUGGCCAAGCAUCACUUACCCAGGAGGAUGGAGGAGUCCAGCAAGUGGCUAUGUCAAGCCAAGAGCUCUUGGAAGGGCAUAGUAAUGACAUUGCAUCCUCUCCAAACCAGGUCACAAAAUUUGGAUCAGAUGGGACAGAUGUUCAGCACCCAUUUGUCAAGCAGGCCAAUCGCAUGCUGGGCAGCAUCCCUGCUCCACCUGCAUUUGCUUCGGAGUUCCCCACAAAAGCUGCUGCUCUUUGUCUGAACUCUGCGUCCCAGUCUUCCAGUUCAGUCCAUGUUACUGCUGGUAUGAUCCAGAUAAGAAAUAUGAAUUUGAGUGACAGUGGGGCAGACUGGUCGCUUGGUAAGCAUAGCCUCAACAUAGUGAUCUCUUUUGACAUGUCACAUGCUGAUGGUAAUUCUGCCAUUCUGGGGCCAAUGGUUAGCAUGCUCUAUGGAAAGGCUGGUUCGGCAAUAUCCCGGGCUUGGUUUUGCUUUAUGUUCAUUGGGGUCCUGAUGGUUUCUAUGGCCUUCAAGAUUUGGACCUGUAUUUGUGUCAGGUAAGGCUCACUAGUAGGACUGGUAACCAUACUAUACCCAAAACAGUGUAAUUGGCUGAAAUUCCUGGAACACUUGGCAGAUAUCGACUCCAUUUACUCUGACAGAACUCUCUCUUGCAAAUUUUUUUUUUUUUUUUGUUAUUUCAUUUAAAAUGUUAAAUUUUGAAUAUGUUGCUAUAUAAGCUUGAUGUCCCGACUUUUGGAAGGGUUUGCCAGCUGCAUUAAUUUCUUAAAGGGAAUGUAUUUGUCAGAAUUCUUGUUAGGUUUGAUGUAUGAAAUAUGAAGGUAAGCUU